AUGGCCGGACAAUGGGCCGUGCAUAGCUUGACUGACGCCUCAGUGGAAGGGAACUCAGGCAUUCCUGACAUCGGUGAGAACGGAGGGGUGGGCUACCACUAUGGUAAGACCGCCGACGGGCGGCCAGCGGCAGUCUGUCCAAGGCAAGUUGAUCAGGCAUCGAUCAAAUUGCAGGUGAAAGAGUCGCUAGUUCUUGCCGGCGAGCUCAACGACACGCGGGAGCAGGCGAAGUGCCUCGCCCAGCUCUGCCGCAUGCACCUCCUGUCCCGGCAGUACAAGGAAGCCAUCGAGUUCGCGGAGGAAGCGCAGGUGGUCUUCCAGAAGAGCCAGGACAAGUGUGGCGAGGGCGUGACGCUGCUCAACAAGGCUUCGGCCCACAUGGGCCUCGGCGAGAUCGAUGUGGCUCUGCAGGUGGCCGAGGAUGCCUUGGCCAUGUUUCUCCAGGAGGAGGACAAGAGGCAGGAAGCGACUGCCCACCACUUCCUCUACGAGAUCCACACGCAGGCUGGCAACUACGAGGCCUGA